CGCAGGACUCGAUCGACCCGCCGUGGCUUACAGCGAUGUCCUCGGAGGCUGGGCUACGUGGUGGAUCCUGCCGUGGUCGGGCUUCGCCCCGGCUUCUGUCGCUGCCGAGACAGGCAGCACCACCGCGUUCAUCGCCGUUCGUCACCUGCUCCACCUGGUCAAACUGCUCGACCUGGCAGUUUAAUUUCAAGUUCAGUCUCGCAGAAGACACCUACGCGCAGGACUCGAUCGACCUGCCGUGGCUUACAGCGAUGUCCUCGGAGGCUGGGCUACGUGGCGGAUCCUGCCGUGGUCGGGCUUCGCCCCGGCUUCUGUCGCUGCCGAGACAGGCAGCAGGACCACGGCGUUCAUCGCCGUUCGUCACCUGCUCCACCUGGUCAAACUGCUCGACCUGGCAGUUUAAUUUCAAGUUCAGUCUCGCAGAAGACACCUACGCGCAGGACUCGAUCGACCUGCCGUGGCUUACAGCGAUGUCCUCGGAGGCCGGGCUACGGGGUGAAUCCUGCCGUGGUCGGGCUUCGCCCCGGCUUCUGUCGCUGCCGAGACAGGCAGCAGGACCACGGCGUUCAUCGCCGUUCGUCACCUGCUCCACCUGGUCAAACUGCUCGACCUGGCAGUUUAAUUUCAAGUUCAGUCUCGCAGAAGACACUUACGCGCAGGACUCGAUCGACCCGUCGAUGCACUCGGGGAUACAAUUCGGCAAGCACAACAACGAAGGCAUCGACCCGUACGAAUUCGCCCAGCUUAUCAUGACGUCGGGGAUGGUCCUGUCCGACGAGAUCACGUGGCUCGCUUUUCACAGCUGCUACGACUUCGCUUACAUGCUGAAGCUGCUGACGAGUGACAACCUGCCUGCGUGCCAAGUUGAGUUCUUCGAGCUUCUGGAAAUAUACUUCCCGGCCAUCUACGACCUCAAGUGCCUCAUGAAGGACUGCAGAAACCUGAGAGGUCUGCAAGGGCUGGCCGAGCAGCUGCAGGUUGAACGAGUCGGGCCACACCACCAGGCGGGCAGCGACAGCUUGCUGACGGGCAUGGCGUUCUGCAAGAUGCGAGAAGUGUACUUCCAAGGCUACAUCGACCAAGCCAAGUACUGCGGCCACCUGUUCGGCUUGACCAAGCCGGAAAUCGCGCACCCGCAGUUCGGCGAAGAGGCCGAGAACAACGCGCCCAUGGCCUUUGCGGUGGGUUCCAGCGCCGUCCAGCAAGAUUGAUUGGGUCGGCGGACUGUGCCGCAUCCGCUUUCCAACACUGGUCCCGGCGUCGCCCAGCCCACUUCCAUCUUCGCGUCUCGUUGGACUGGACCGCUGCCGUUUACCCUGACCAGUAUUCAUGUCUGAGGAAAAAUUGUGUAAACGGCGUAUUUGAACUUAAGUGAGCAAAACUGACGUAUUAGAUUUCGCAGUAGAACAAAUACCCCUAUUCACGGGAAUAAAGUAAGAGCUUUAAUUACUGCGGAACUGCGAACCGACGUUGAUUUUGCCGACUGAUGGGGCAUUUACAGCACUCGAUCAGACUGGAUUUACAGCAGUUAGAUAUGUAUCGUGAGCCUGGAAGACGGGAGGCGGGGGGGUAUACCGUACGUAUUAAUUUUGCUCGAUUCCAUAUGUAUAUAUUCCUUUAUUAU